GUUCUCUCAUCAAUUGUUCAACAACUUUUAACUAUAUAAUCCUCACACGCCUUUCAUUCCACUUAAGAGAAUGGCUUUUCGGUUCUUCAUUAUCUUUGCUAUUUUGGCUAUUACUAUAGCUUCUUUUGCCAGUGCAUCUGAUCCCAGUCAAUUACAAGACUUUUGUGUUGCAAUUAAUGAUUCCAAGGCUGGUGUGUUUGUCAAUGGAAAGACCUGCAAGAAUCCAACAGAUGUCAAUGCAGGGGACUUUUUUCUCUCAGCGGGCCUUAACAAACCCGGAAAUACAUCAAAUCAGCUUGGAUCUGCAGUUUCAGCUGUGACGGUGGAUACCCUACCCGGGUUGAACACUCUCGGCAUUUCACUAGCUCGUAUUGAUUUUGCUCCCAAUGGGGUUGUUCCUCCGCACACCCACCCUAGAGCAUCAGAAGUACUCGUACUCUUGGAGGGUACUCUAUACGUUGGAUUCGUCCUUUCGAAUCCUCAACCGGGAAUGAAGAAUAAGCUCUUUACUAAGACGUUAUACCCUGGAGACGUUUUUGUGUUUCCACAAGGCCUUAUUCAUUUCCAGCAUAACAUCGGGAAGUCAAAUGCUAUCUCCUUAUCUGGCUUAAGUAGCCAAAAUCCAGGAGUUAUUACGAUAGGCAAUGCCAUUUUUGGAUCUAAUCCACCCAUCGAUUCAGAUGUUCUCACUAAAGCAUUUCACGUCGACACCAAAGUUAUUGAGUAUCUUCAAUCACAAUUCUAGUAUGACGAACAAAAAUUAUUACUACUACAUUAUUACUACGAUGUCAUUUCCUUACAUCUUUAUAUUAACAAUAAACUCAUGUAAUAAUACUUCCUUUAUAUUAUACAUAUAUGUUAUAUGUAUAAUGUAUAAUAUAAUGUGAACACUCACAUGCAUGUCUUCCGUUACGGAGGGUUGUCAUGGAAUAAAAUUAUUGUCUUUAAUACAUUUGGAAAAGUAGUUGGUAUUAAUCUUCACAUUUGUUCAGUUUUCA